CCCACGACACAUUCUCACUAAUUCGAGUAUUACGUGGUUGAUAAAAAUACUACCAAAUUCGAUAAUUUUAGUCAUAGAUUAUGUGUAAGUGCGUUUGAAAUGUGAUGGCUAAUUAAGGGCAUGAGACACCGAGAUAGCAACAAGAAAUGAUAGUAACUUGAAAGUCUAUUUAUAAAGGAAUUUAUUCAUACAAUAUGUAUGAUAUUAGUAACACAAAAAUCUAAAUCAGCUGAAGAUGGCGUUACACAGUCCCAUCAAUCUCUCUGCUGAAGCCGUAUUCGCAAUCGUGGUUCCCUUGAUACUGUUUCUUUAUUGCCUAGUAAGAUGGAAAUCGAACACUGAUAAUGCCAAACAAAAACCACCACAACCAACAGGUUCUUGGCCGAUUAUUGGCCACCUACCUCUUUUGGGAAGAGGGCUUCCUCACAUAACCUUGGGGAAUUUAGCCGAUAAGUAUGGUCCAAUUUUCAUAAUAAAGCUUGGUGUCAACCGAGGCUUAGUUGUGAGCACAUCAGAGACAGCUAAAGAGUGCCUAGGCACCAAUGACAAAGUAUUUGCAAACCGGAUCAGCACAAUAUUUGCAGAGCAUCUGGGUUACAAUUCUCUCCUGUUAGGCUUCAGCCCUUAUGGUCAGUACUGGCGUCAGAUGCGUAAGAUAGUCGUCACUGAGCUCCUGUCCAAUCACCGGUUGGAGACGUUAAAUCAUCUACGAACAUCCAACGUAAGAUCACUCAUAAAGGCCAUACAUGAUAGUUUCUUGAUCAACAGAAACUCAAGUCCAGGCUUCGAUAAUGAUGUAAUAGUGGACAUGAAACAAUGGUUUAAUGACAUAAACUUAAAUACUACAAUGAGAUUAAUAGCAGGAAAGUCAUUGAAAGAAUUCUACCAUGGUGAGGAAGAAUAUAACAAGUACAAAAAAGCAUUAAGAGAUUUUUUUGACUUAGGAGGCGCCUUUGUACCUGCUGAUGCUCUUCCAUUUUUGAGGUGCCUGGAUAUUGGAGGGUAUGAAAAAGCCAUAAAGAAGGUCGCAAAGGAAAUCGAUCAUGUAGCUCAAGCUUGGCUGGACGAGCAUAGAGCGAAGCGACUUUCUGAACAAGAAAAAGAAAAUAAUUAUAAGGACUUCAUGGAUGUAAUGCUUGGUAUUUUUGAAACUAAGCAGAAUAAUCCUACACAACCAGAAGCAGAUACAAUCAUCAAGGCCACUUGUAUGGCUCUGAUACUAGGAGGAACAGACACCACAUCAGCAACCUUAACAUGGGCACUAUCAUUGCUGAUGAAUAACAGAGAAUCACUGAAAAAGGCUCAAACUGAGAUAGAUAACCAUGUGGGCAAAGAAAGGCAAGUUGUUGAAUCGGACCUCAAGAAAUUAGUAUACUUGCAAGCAGUCCUAAAAGAGACAUUGAGGUUAUAUCCGGCCGUGCCACUACUACAACGAGAAGCCAUUACAGACUGUACUGUAAGUGGUUACCACAUCCUUGCUGGUACCCAACUCUUUGUCAACAUUUCCAAGAUACACAGGGACCCAAAAUUGUGGGCUGAUCCAUUGGAUUUUCAUCCUGAAAGGUUUCUUACUACUCACAUGGAAUAUGAUGUCAGAGGGCAAAACUUUGAACUUAUUCCUUUUGGAAGUGGUCGGAGAGUUUGUCCUGGAAUAUCUUUUGCCCUUCAGACCAUGCAGUUUACAUUGGCUAGUUUAAUCCACAGUUUCGAUAUCUCGACUGUAUCUGAUAAAGCUGUCGAUAUGACUGAGGGUUUUGGAAUAACCAACCUGAAAGCCACACCACUUGAAGUCCUCCUUAAACCUCGUCUUCCAGACCAUGUUUAUAAACUGUAAUAAUCAUAUACUACAGUUGUUGUACAUCGUUACCCACAGAAUUACCGUAUGUCUUACUGCUUAAUAAUGUUAUUAUUUGCAUCAUUUCUCUCAAUUUCUUCUUUAGGUAAGACAUUGGGGAUGGUGUUCUUGAAAUAGAGUGAACAAAUGACUUUGUGAGCUAGAG